AUGGCACCAAGUGAAUGUACCGAAAUAUUGAGCCCUGAAGAAGAGAAGAUGCGCACAGAAGAAAACAGUUUAAAUAUCACACAGACACUUCGAAAUUCAAAGGAAUGGCAUGAAGUAGUUGCAUAUGGUCAUUUAGCAGGAUCAGCCCGGGCACAUUCCUUGACAGCUACUACUUUACGUGGACCAGGAAUGAUUGUACGACGUCCGCUCAAGUUCUUUAAUGCUGACAAGACAGAAUGCAUCAUUAUUGCUCAUUUGGGAACAAACCUAUGCGGACAUGAUGGGAUUAUUCAUGGUGGUAUGCUGGCCACACUGUUGGACGAACACCUGGCCUAUGUGACACUCCCCAGUCUUCCUAAUUUCACCGGAUUCACAGCCAAUCUCAAUGUUGAUUAUCGCAAGCCAGUCCACUCAAACCAAUGGAUUGUAGUUCGAGGAAAACUGACAAAAUUGGAAGGACGCAAGGCCUACGCAACCGCAUACCUGGAGUCUGCCGAUGGAGAGACAGUCUACACAGAGGCCAGAGCUCUUUACAUUAGCCCUCGAUCUGCCGGUCCGCAGACAAAUUUUUAA